AUGGUUCCAUUUGACAUCGCCAUAGCAGGAAACAAUGAAGAAUCAAUACAAAGCCUGGUAAACAGGCUCAACAUAGAAUUUGCACUAAAGGAUCUAGGAAAAUUACACUUCUUCCUUGGACUAGAAGUCCAACACUUUCCUGAAGGCAUUACACUCUCACAUGGCAAGUACACCAAGGAUCUCCUCAACAGAGCAAAACUCUUAGAAAGUUCACAUUUCAACACACCGAUGGCACUAAAACCUCAACCAAUGCCUCAAGAUUCAAAACUUGUAAACGCAACAGAAUACAGAAGCUUAGUUGGUGCACUGCAAUAUCUAACCUAUACUCGAUCGGACAUUGUACAAGCAGUUAACAAGGUGUGUCAAAAGCUUAAGGAGCCAACUGAAAGAGAUAUGAAAGCUGUAAAAAGAAUACUCCGGUAUCUCAAAGGAACAAUGCACUAUGGAAUCAAAUUCCUUGCUCAAAGUCCAUUCAAGCUAUACGAGUUCUGUGAUGCAGAUUGGGCUGGGUGUCCUGACACUAGAAGAAGUACAACAGGUUUUUGCAUUUAUCUUGGAGCAAAUUUCAUCUCUUGGUCAUCGAAGAAACAACCAACCGUGUCAAGAUCAAGCUCGGAAGUAGAAUAUAAAGCAAUGGCAUCAACAACUGCAGAACUAGUCUGGAUCACCUUCCUGCUUAGAGACAUGGGAAUCAAACUAAGUGAAUCUCCUCAACUUUUCUGUGACAACAAAAGUGCUCUAUACAUGACAAUAAAUCCAGUAUUCCAUGCUUGA